CCGGCACAGAGCUGUCAGAAGUGAUUUGUCCAACAACAAAACGGGUUUUGGUUGUAUUAUUUCGACCCACUUUGUAACGGAUUAUUUUUACGGACUUUUACAUCACAGGUCUGUUUUAGAGCGAGUCAAGGCCUGUAGAUGUAAACGGAGGUUUAAACGGAAGUUUUAAUUAUUCAACAUAAAACUUAUCCUGUGGCUUGCGAGACGGCUCCGUCUAUUUGCUGGAAAAUAAUACCAUAAAUUGGUUGUCAGCGUGAGCCUCAACGUGACAUAUGAAGUCGGCAGUGAAGACGCCACCUUCGCCGGUGUCGGUUGGAGGAAGAGGAAGGAGGGGAUGAUGAUGAUGAUGAUGAUGAUGAUGAUGAUGAUGACAUGCAGUUAGCUGGCUGCUCCGCGGGCUGAUAAACGGCCCGGCGGAGUGAGAGGACAGUCUCCAUCGGAGCAGAGCAGAUCUGGCCGGUCAGAAGCGAACAUGCCGCGGAGGAAACAGUCCAACCCUCAGCCGGUGAAAGUAGACUCUGAGGAUGGAAUGGUGGUGUGUGAACCCAGCUGCUUGGUUCUGGAAAGUGACUUCCUGCUGAACGGCGAGCUGGCGCUCGGAGACUCAGAGAUCAUGGGGCUGGACAGAGAGGCGGAUGCGACAGUGUUCUCUCUGAGUAUGGAGGAGAACGACCCGUCAACUUCAUCAGACUCUACCUUUCCUGCUUUCCUCUCCUGUAAAGGAUGUGGUCACCUGAUGGGGGACAUGCCUCUGAGGGCGGAGCUUGACCUUGCUGUGGGCCUGGACCUAGGGGCUGAGCUUUACUGUCUCAGCUGUGAAGAGGGCCUGCAGCGGGCUGCCUCCAUCACCUCCACCCAGGUAGAACACAUCAACCUGCCUGACAGAACCAUCAGCAUGCCCUCUGCCAGGAGGAGGAGAGCAGCGGCCGGCAGCAGCACUGACCUCUCUCCUAAACUGUACUCGUGCUCUCUGUGUGCCUUUGCCUCCCAUUACUCCAACCACCUUAAACGCCACAUGAGGACCCAUGAUGGUCAAAAGCCGUACUGCUGCCCUGUCUGCCCGUACGCCUCUGCCCAACUCGUCAACCUGCAGCGUCAUGCUCGCACCCACACUGGGGAGAAACCGUACAGCUGUCUGCAGUGCAGCUACGCUUGCAGUUCCCUUGGCAACCUGCGGAGGCACCAGCGCAUGCAUGCGCAGGAGCGACCACCCAAGAGGGAGAAGGAGAAGAAACAAGGGAGGAGGAGAAAACCCACAGCAGGAGAUUUGACUCUGAGGGUGACUCAGGACUCAUCUUUCCUCCGGUCAUUAGGGGGCUUCAGCUCUCCCUCUGGGUCCCUCCCAGUCCUCCUCUUCCCCCUGUGCUGCCGGGUUUGCAGUCUCACCCUGGAGGAGGCCGACCUGGAGGGCGACAGAGCCGAGGGGGAUGCAGAGGGUGAUGGCGGACAGGUGUGUCGCCGCUGCUCGCUGGACUUGCUGCCCAAAGAUGAAUCGAGGUCUUCCUGCAGCUCCGUGGCUCCCCGGGGGCCCAGGCGGGGUCGGCGUGGCACUAAGCUGUACCGCUGCCCUCACUGCCCCUUCCUGUCCCACUACCCCAACCACUUGUCCCGCCACUCCCACACCCACUCCGAGGAGAAACCCCACAGCUGCCCACACUGCUCCUACACCUCGUCCCACCUCGAUAACCUGAAGCGCCACACACGCGUGCACACAGGUGAGAAACCUUACCAGUGCCUAGCAUGCAGCUACGCGUGCGGUAACCUGGCCAACCUGCGGCGCCACGAGCGCAUCCACUCGGGUGCCAAGCCUUUCCAAUGCAGCGUCUGCGGCUACUCCUGCAACCAAAGCAUGAACCUGAAGAGGCACAUGCUGAGGCACACGGGUGAGAAACCAUACUCCUGCGCUGAGUGUGGCUACACCACGGGCCACUGGGACAACUACAAACGCCACCAGAGGAAGCACGGACACAACACGAACAGCUGGGACAAACCCGCCUCCAUCAAUGGACUGAGCUGGAGUAAAGAAAACAGCCAAAAGUCCUACAUCUGCACUGAUGUGUGUGUAGUAAACACACUCACUUCAGCAGCAGGUGGGCGAUCAGACGUUAGAUGUGAAAGAUUAGAAGAUGCUGAUGAUCUUAGAGAACAUAUCUGUCAUCGUUCACUUAACCCUCAGAAGGUCUUAGGGGAAAAAUAAGCCACUCAUUUAUUUUUGUGCCUGUUUUUAUUUUUGUGGUGCAGUCAAUAAACACCAUUGUGCCUACUUUUUAAAAUAUUUUAUUUUAUUUUAUUUUUCAAAUUUGCCAUAAAUCAAUAAAAAUGAAAUGUAGA